UCUCAUUUGUGUUUUCACACACACACACACACACAUCUCCAUCUUCCAAAUCAAGACAAUUCUUUUCCUUUUUUUUAUUUUUUCUCAAAAUCAAAACUAGAAUGGCUCAAUUGCCGCCGUUGGUGGAGCCGCCGCCGGUGGUGGAAGCAGAAUCCGGGCACUCGACACUCCGCUCGAUCGAGACUCUGGUGGUGGUGUUGGCGGCGAUCACGAUCAUUGCGGUCGUCGCCGGAAUAAUUGCUCGUCUCUGCGGCGGACAGCAUUCCGGCGGCGACCAUGAUGUGGAGGGAUGGGUCGAGAGGAAGUGCCGAAGCUGCAUCGACGGCGGCGUGCCUGCGCCUCCUCCGCCGCCGGCCAAGGAGGAGGACCCCAAACCGGCAGGAAAUGAAGAAGCAAAGAAGUGAGAAAGGAUCAUGCAUCAAAUUUUGUGUUUAAUUUUUUUGGGUUCUACUAGUAAUUAUACUUACUAAUUUAGACCUAUAAAUGUCCCCAAAAAAACGGAAAUAUUUACCCCAGUCGUUACUUGUUUUCAUUUUGGGUUCUAAAUUCUCUUCUAUUUUUUUUGUGUGAUUUCUUUUGUAUUUUAUUCUGUAUGUUGAUAAACACUAAUAAAUUCUUAAAGAUGACUGAAAAUAGUCCAUUUUCAUUUUUA